AUGGGGAGAAGUAAAAACGAUGACAGACAAAAGAAGGGAACCACUUCCUCUUCUUCACAGGCUGCUGCUGAAUUGGUAUCACGACAAAGUCCUAAUGCUUUUGUAGGCUUUCAGUCACUGCAGAACAACCCUGUGUUUCUCGCAGCAGGUGGCCAGGGAGGGCACGUUGAUGGGAGUGGUUCGGAUCUACUCACAGAUUCAAAGUUUAAAAUAGUGUUUAAAAGUUUGUUAAAGAGAGAUGCCGUGACUAAAGUGAAGGCUCUACAGAGUUUGGGCGAAUUAAUAAAAACGGCUGACGAGGCGGCGGUAGUACAGUCCCUUCCGUUGCUGGAUCAGAUUGUGGCCAGUAAGAAGUUCUGGAGUCUUCUGCAGUCGGACAGCGUAGAGAUACGUGGUCGCUUCUAUACACUGCUGUUGUGUGCCGUCUCUGCUGACCAAACGGGCAUUGAGGCGAACAUGUCAUUGGCCGCACCGGCAGUGCUGUCAAUGUGUGGGGAGAAGCAGAGUGGGCUACAGACAGCUAUGUGGAAUACAUACCUCACAGUGCUUCAGCAGAUGCCUUGUAUAUGGGUCACGGUCAAGAAGGGCGCCAUAACACAUUUGAAGCUAUGGAAGAUGCUGUCGUCCGCUGGCCAUGGCUCGCCCGCCUUAGCGCUGCCGUGCUGCGUACCGUUGCUGUCAGUGCUACCGUCACACGUGCGCAGAGACGUGUUGUUUGUGGACAAGUGGCUCUCCUGCACGUGGGAGGGUGUGACUGUGUGUGCCACGGAUACGCAGAGAAACGUUGUGGUCAAUGGAUAUGUGGAGGCUCUGGCCUAUCUGUCUAAAGACGCGCGUGAGUGCGAAGAUUCCCAUGCGUUGUUAAGCAAGAUGUGGUUGGGCCACACCCUAGCAACGGUGGCGGAGGCCAUGACAACCAAUCAAAUGGCACUAGACUGCCGUACGCUCUUCAAUGGUGUGGCGGGUAUCCUAUCUACCGGUUGCGUUCCAUCCGACAUCCAAACAGAGUUUACGACACAAUUGAAACAGGCAGCUGUCGCAAAAUCCGAGGCAGACGUCGCAAAUUCAGCAGAGCACGGCGCCUCCAUCGCAAGGGCCGCAUGCGAGCACCUUUCCCCUGCACUCAUCGCCUUUGUCCAAUUCGGUGGUGAGUAUAUAUAAACAUUUGUCU